GACAAGUUCAGGAUGUUUAGCUGUGUAAAACGAGUGUAAAGUUUUGAAGACGCUUUUGAAAAGUAGCACACGAAGCUGAACAGCUCCAAAAGAAACACGGAAACUCCUGAAACCUUUGUCUGAUCAGUAAGUAAGAUUGCCGGAGUGGCGAGGUGGAACCAUGGAGUCACUUCACACCAAAAAGACCUGGGUUUGAUUCUGACUGGCUUCUUUCUCCCUCUGUCUGGGUUUUCUGGAUGUAGUCCAACUGCCUCGAACAAUUCAAGACUCGGGUUACGCGCCGCCGUCAGAUGGCGUUCUGCCUGGCUGAGCUGCACUUGUGGUCCACCAAGAGCUCACUCCAAGUUAAAGAUACAGAUAUUGGCACCUAUCAGUACUACGAUAAAGGAGAGCCAGCUGUUUCCCUUGAGCAUCACUACUACAAUGAGAAACUCCAGUUCUGUGAAGCUCGAGGCUAUUCGUGGACCCCCAGGAACCGCCGACCCGAAAAGCUCCGCGAUUCGCUGAAGGACUUGGAGGAGCUGCUGCAGACGAACACCUGCAUCCACACCAGAUGGAGGAGCAAGCACUGCUGCCAGGUGAUGCUGAGCAACGCUGUGCUCGCGACUCUGAACCUGAACGGACCUCAGCUCGAACAAAUCUGCAUCGACCGCACGUUAACGGGCCGACUCCCAGCUCACACCGCGACCGACGCGGUGCUGAGCGACCGGCUGAUUCUGCUGUCCUUCCUGGAGCAGAGCCAAGUGGCUGCGGUCUACCUGCACAGAAAGAACCUGGACUCCCUGGAGACUGGCAGGAGAACAGACAAACUGUCCCCCUCUGAAAUCAAGGUGGUGUGUGUCGACGUGGGCGGGAGGAGUCGUGAAGGUCGGCGACAUGUGAGUCUCAACUGUGUCCAGGAUGUGGCGCUGUGCUGGUGGAACCUGGAUCAGCCCGGGGAGGAGCUGUGGACCAACACACACAAAAACAACCUGGUCCUGAUCAGCUGCUCACCCACCGACGGCCUCAAGGUCUACAGCUCUGUACGGACUGAAGGGAAUCCCCUGGACUGCUGCUUCAGCCUGCUCCAGCCCUACCAGAUCCACACGGUGGAGGUACCGGCAGAACCCCCAGGACUCAGAGAGGGGUCUUGGGCAGACGCGUGCGUGUACGAGUGUGCACGAGGGCGCCUGAACCGCCUGUCCGUUCACCGCAUCUCGCUGCCGUCCCACCCCAUCUCUUGCUCGCGUCACCCCUCAGAAACCGCCCUCCUCCUGGGCCUGAGCGACUCCUCCUUGGUCCUGUACGACCAGCGACGGGGGGUCUCUCUGCUGGCCCCCUGCCCCGUGCCGCCCACCCUCCUCGCCUGGCACCCCGCGGGCGCCGUUGUCAUGGUGGGGGGAGGACAGGAGGAGCUGAUGUGCUUUGAUGUGGGCUUGGCACCUGUCAGCGUGGCUCUGGUGGCAGAGGAGGUCGCUCCAGCUGCCACACUGAGACUAGCUCAGCACCUUCGCUGCUCUGGAGGCCUGAGCGGACUGCAGUGGGGGGCGCGCCUGGACGGAGGCCCGGAGGGGACAGAUGUGCUGACUCUGGCCUUCCACGGAGGCCCGCUCGCAGCUUUGAGAUUCAGACUAGGAGCUCUGACGGGGGGCCAGAUGGGGCCGGGGGAGGUGCUGCAGCAACGGCUGCGCUGUGGCCAGGUCCGAGAGGCUCUGGGCGUCCUGGAGGCCAUGGACUGGAGCACCAUGGGAGACGAGUGCUACCGAGGCCUGAUCUCCGUCACGAACCACCUGCUGAGGCUGGAGCUGAACGCAGAACGAGAGGCUCAGCUGGAAGCAGCUCUGGGUGUGUUUUAUGCCCCAGCUGCCCCCCUCUCAGAUUCAGUGAUACGGGAGUACCGAGAGCCAAUCAGCAAGUACGCCCGGCGCUUUUUUCACCACCUGCUCAGGCACCAGCGCUUUGAGAAGGCCUUCCUCCUCGCUGUCGAUUUAGAGGCCAGAGACUUAUUCAUGGACCUCCAUUAUGUUGCCAGUGAUAAGGGCGAGCUGGUGCUAGUGGAUGUGGCCAAGAGGAAAGCUAAUGAAAUCGAGGCCCGGACCAUCGCUCGCAACGAUAUUUGGAGUGGCCGAAGCGGCGGGCGACAAACUGAAGGACAGCCGGAUGCAGCCGCUCCUUCGCACUCAGGAACUCACUGUGAUGGAGGAGCCGUCCAGAGACGACCAGCAGCAGCAUCCGUCCCGGUGAUCGUCAGUCCAGAGGCGCUCAGGACACUGAGACAAACGGCCCUAUCUGCAGGAAGCAGCAGAGGCAGCAGAGAUGGAGCCAAUGACGACGAAGACCCCGACACGCUUCAUGUGGUCCAUUUAGGAGUGGUUUGACGUCGCACAGAGACUCCUGAAAUCCCAGGAAAAUCUCCAGUACUGCCUCGCUGUGUUUCUUCAUACGCAGAGUUAGUCUCUCGCCUGGAAUCUUAUCUGUAACAGGAUCUAUAACUCAUUGCACGACGCCCACACAGAAGCUUUUUUAUUUCUCAGACGUGUCACAGUGUAAAUCUGAAUUUCAUCCCACUGAAAGAAAAAAGAGAGAGAGAGAGGAAAAAAAGAAGUGAAUUUAGGUUAUUUUCUGUCUUAGUGAAGUGUAAAGGAAAUGAACCUUCAGAAGAAAACAGUUACACCGGCUUCCUCCUUUAAAAACAUGACAGAAAGUGUUUUAAACCUCACCAUUAAUCAGCCUGGAAAAAUAAAGACUUCUAUUAUACUUCCAUCACCGCUGAUAUUGGAUGUUCCCAGCUUCCUCUGCCCGUGUGUGUCUGUGUGUGUGUGUGUGUGUGUGUGUGUGUGUGUGUGUGUGUGUGUGUGUGUGUGUGUGUGUGUGUGUGUGUGUGUGUGUGUGUGUGUUGGCCGAGAUUACGGGCCGCAGUUUUAUUCAUGAACAGGAGCCAACCAGCGACUUUAAAGCAUCGCGCGGAGCCCCUUUCCUGAACAGCAGCCAUAGCCGUGUCAGAGCUGUCGACGCGCUGCGCUCACCGACUAAUCUGACAGCGCCGCGCGAGCCCUAAUCCCUCACUGUAUCGUAAUCUAUUUACUUUGCAUUCUAAGAGGAUUUCCACCAAAAUAUAUACAAGAAGCGAUGUUGGAAAUGGACAGAAGAUCAGCGAGGAUGCUUUUCUGCUUCCCUUUUUUUUUUUUUUUUUUUGUUUUGUUUGCUUU